CCUGCUUCUAAAAAAAAAUGGAAACGGAAAAGAAAGUGACAGAUUUCUCAGGGAAAUGGAAGAUGAAGUCUUCGCAAAAUUUCGAGGACCUUUUGAAAGCGCUGGGUGUGAAUGUAUUCCUGAGGAAGAUUGCAGCGACAGCGGCUGCCAGCCCAGCCGUGGAAAUCACCCAGCAGGACGAGAGUCUGUCCAUCAAGACAUCCACCAGCGUCCGCACCACCAAUGUCUCCUUCACCGUGGGUCAGUCCUUCAAUGAGGCCACAGUGGAUGGACGUCCCUGCACGAGUUUUCCUAAGUGGGAAACAGACAGCAAAAUCAGCUGUGAACAGACUUUACAGAAAGGUGACGGACCCAAAACAUCGUGGACCCGGGAGCUGACCAACGAUGGAGAACUGAUACUGACGAUGACUGCAGGGGACGUUGUCUGCACCAGAGUUUAUGAGCGGGAAUGAGGAAAUGUUUUCAAGUCCGUCAUACAAUACUCCUGUUUGUGCCUCAUGCAUGGUUUACAUUUACUCGCCUUGUUUUCUUCUCUGUCCCUCUCCCAGCCAGGCAGAAUACUGGUCGGAUCUGAAACAGUGCACUGUGUAGAAAAGGCUACAUGAAUGUAUGUUGCUUUUAUAACACCAAAGCUGAACUCGCUCUUUAUGUAUCAUAUAGAAAUGUCACACAUUCCUUUUCUAAAAAUCCUUUUUCAACAUGUUAAUAAACUGUUUUA